UUCUCCCGGCAGGCGAACCCGGAAGUGGAGGGGAGGCGCGGCGGCGGCGGAGGCUGUGGCGGCGCAGGCGGGCGCUGGCCAGCCGUCCCCGGGGAGCGUGUCCGGGCUGGGGUCCGGGGGCGGGGCCGAGGGCCCCGGGCAGCCCGGCCUGGCCGGGUCGGGGGAGGCCAUGGCCUCGGCAGAGUUGCAAGGGAAGUACCAGAAGCUGGCUCAGGAGUACUCCAAGCUUCGCGCACAGAAUCAGGUCCUGAAAAAGGGAGUCGUGGAUGAACAAGCGAAUUCUGCUGCUUUAAAGGAACAGCUGAAAAUGAAGGAUCAGUCCUUGAGAAAACUGCAACAGGAAAUGGACAGCUUGACGUUUCGAAAUCUGCAGCUUGCCAAGAGGGUAGAACUACUUCAGGAUGAACUGGCUCUCAGUGAACCUCGAGGCAAGAAAAACAAGAAAGGUGGAGAAUCCUCCUCUCAGUUGAGCCAAGAGCAGAAAAGUGUCUUUGAUGAAGAUCUGCAAAAGAAGAUAGAGGAAAAUGAACGACUGCAUAUACAAUUCUUUGAAGCAGAUGAGCAGCACAAGCAUGUGGAGGCCGAGUUGAGGAGUCGCCUGUCGGCCCUGGAGACGGAGGCAGCCCAGCAUCAAGCCGUGGUCGAUGGCCUGACCCGAAAGUACAUGGACACCAUCGAGAAGUUGCAGAAUGACAAGGCCAAACUAGAAGUAAAAUCUCAGGCCUUGGAAAAGGAGGCCAAGGAAUGUCGGCUUCGAACAGAAGAAUGUCAAUUGCAAUUAAAGAAUCUUCAUGAAGACUUGUCAGGUAGAUUAGAGGAAUCCUUAUCAAUCAUCAAUGAGAAAGUACCUUUUAAUGAUACAAAAUAUAGUCAUUAUAAUGCCCUGAACGUCCCACUCCACAAUAGGCGACAUCAGCUGAAGAUGCGGGACAUUGCCGGGCAGGCCCUGGCUUUUGUUCAGGAUCUUGUGACGGCCCUUCUGAACUUCCACACUUACACCGAACAGAGGAUUCAGAUUUUCCCUGUUGAUUCCGCCAUUGACACUAUAUCUCCAUUAAAUCAGAAGUUCUCCCAGUACCUUCAUGAAAACGCGUCCUAUGUCCGCCCCCUUGAGGAAGGAAUGCUCCAUUUAUUUGAAAGUAUCACUGAGGAUACUGUGACUGUCCUGGAGACAACUGUGAAAUUGAAAACGUUCUCAGAGCACCUCACCUCCUACAUUUGUUUUCUUAGAAAGAUCCUUCCUUAUCAGUUAAAAAGUUUAGAAGAAGAAUGUGAAUCUUCUCUUUGCACAUCUGCUUUGCGAGCCAGGAACCUGGAGCUGUCUCAGGAUAUGAAAAAGAUGACAGCUGUGUUUGAGAAGCUCCAAACCUAUGUCACUCUCCUUGCCUUGCCAAGCACAGAGCCGGAUGGACUCCUUCGGACAAACUACAGUUCUGUCUUAACCAGCGUCGGUGCUGCUCUGCGGGGCUUCCAUGACGUCAUGAAAGAUAUUUCUAAACAUUACAGUCAGAAAGCUACCAUAGAGCAGGAGCUUCCCACGGCAACGCAGAAGCUCGUGACCACUAACGAUUGCAUCCUGUCGUCAGCGGUGGCAUUAACCAACGCAGCAGGAAAGAUUGCAUCUUUCUUCAGCAACAAUGUGGACCACUUCAUUGCUUCUCUGAGCUACGGGCCCCGGACAGCAAGUGGGUUCAUCAGCCCGCUCUCAGCCGAGUGCAUGCUGCAGUACAAGAAGAAAGCCGCUGCCUAUAUGAAGGCUCUGAGGAAGCCUCUCCGAGAGUCUGUGCCUUAUGAAGAAGCGCUGGCAAACCGUCGCAUCCUCCUGAGCUCAACGGAAAGCCGGGAAGGGCUCGCACAACAGGUUCAGCAAAGUUUGGAGAAGAUUUCUAAAUUGGAGCAAGAGAAGGAGCACUGGAUGUUGGAGGCACAGUUAGCCAAAGUCAAGCUGGAGAAAGAAAACCAGCGGAUUGCAGACAAACUGAAGAGCACAGGCAAUGGGCAGCUGACUGGGCUGGCUCAGGACAGCACUGCCCUGCCCAGCACUCCGGGCCAGGAUGACGUUGCAGCCAGGACUGCACAGGAGCCGGUUCAGAGCACCAGUCUGAUUGGCGUUUUAACCAGGACAUCUGACAGUGAGGUCCCAGACGUGGAGUCUCGUGAAGACUUAAUUAAAAACCACUACAUGGCGCGGAUAGUGGAGCUCACCUCUCAGCUGCAGCUGGCCGACAGUAAGUCCGUGCACUUCUAUGCUGAGUGCCGAGCGCUCUCUAAAAGGCUGGCCCUGGCCGAAAAGUCUAAAGAGGCAUUGACAGAAGAGAUGAAGCUGGCCAGCCAGAACAUUAGCAGACUCCAGGACGAGCUGACCACGACCAAGCGGAGUUACGAGGAUCAGCUGAGCAUGAUGAGCGACCACCUGUGCAGCAUGAACGAGACGCUGUCCAAGCAGAGAGAGGAGAUCGACACCCUGAAGAUGUCCGGCAAGGGAAAUUCCAAGAAGAGCAAGAGCCGAUAGCUUGCAAAUGGCUGAUUGGUGACCGUUCUCAGAGCUGCU